AUGCCUACUAUACACUGGGAGAAGAAGAACAGUCCACAUACCGCUCGCCUUAUCGAGUGGUGCAAAAUCAACCAAGAUGCUCGACUAAAAAUAUUCUCUGAUUCUGCCAAGGAUGCAAAGGAGGAAGGGCGCACGCGUCAGCAGAUGACCACUCAGAAGAACACUUAUAUGCAGCAGCUCGCAGCAUCUGUUUUCGCAGGCGAUGAAGAUCUGAAGGUCAGGGAAUACUUUCAAGCACACUUUCUCGCUUUUCUACUAACAAGGUGUUUUAGGCUACACAAAAAAUAUAACGAGAUCAAUCUACAACUUGGUCAGACAGAUGCUGGACUUUCAUUUGAGGAGCUCAACGAGAAUGAGAAAACAAGGACGCUUCUUGACCGCCUCUUGCAGACAUUCCCGUGGUGGGUUGACCUCCACAGGUGGUGGAGAACCAAUCCUGCCUAUAAUACGUCAUUUUCGACUGCCGACCCAGGUCAGGAUUUCUCGGCUGAGGCAAUGGAUGUC